AUGAGCAGUAUGCGCAGCUUGUCGGCCAUUCUCCGAUCCGGAAAUUUUGCAGCAGGAGCGCAUUCGGCAUUCGGCAGUGUGGGGAAAGUGCGACCCGCUCCACGAUCGCCACAGAGGACGGAAAGCACUCAGCCACAUCAAACCUUGUCCGGCUGCGCUGCGCUGGUUCUGCACGAGUACGCAAGCUUAUUACGAGCUCUUGGCUGGUCGCCGCGGAUAAUGUACCCAUUAAUUCUGGCGCCUGGAGUUGGCGACGGCAACCAUUUCGCAAAUCAACCAAGACUCGCACACACCAGCUUCACAUGCGAUCCCGGCAAUCCCACGGAUGCUAGGCAGGCACGCGCUCACGCCGCCUCCGAUAUACUGUUCACCCCGUCCGCGACAGUGAACUCCUGUAGACACUCGCAAGCAAUCAUGGUGACCAGGAAGCCAGUCGCGCCGGCAGUUGAUACGGCGCAGGCCAGUGCGUCCAAGGGCGGUGCUCCUCCAUACCCUACCACUCCCACUUCUGGCGAGCCGAACACAACGAGCAGUGUCUACAGCGAGGACCUGAAGACGUCGCCGGCAUUUGAUCUGAUCGAUAUGCAAGAGGCUCGCACGAAGAAGAGAAGAGACUCAGACGUCAGUUCGCAUGGGACGUGGGACUCAGACGACACCGAUGGGGAGGAUGACGAGAAGGAUGAUUUCGUGGAAGUGCCGAAGCCGCUGCAAUUGCGGUCCAGUCAACAGAAUAUCAAGGACGAAGCGAAGAAGGAGCCUGAGCUGCCACCAAUAUUGAGGCCCGGGCCUGCGACCGCGACCGCAGCCGCCGCGCUUGGCACGAAAAAUGAGCAACAGAAGUACCGUGAGGAGGCACAGUCCAAUCCUUGGCAGCUCGAAUCCAACAAUCCCUACAAUAAGCAGAAUGGGCUCGUGGAAAGCAGCUCGCACACGAGCAACGAGAACAGCCAGCCCGGAGGACUAUGGCAGCAGCCCGCUCACGCUCCACCUCAUCCGCCGAGCCAAGCCCCGCCACCUCCGCCUGCUCCAGCAGAGUUGCCGGCUGUGAGAAGUCCGACCGAAGAGCUAGCCCAGAUGCAAUUAGAAGCCGGGCCUCUCGCUACACCCUCAUAUGAGAUUGCUGAGACGUUGCCGGUACCCGCUCAAGGACAGCCUCCUCUGGCGCCGGUCUCACACACCUCGCAAGCAUUACAUGCCUCAAAUCCCUGGGCUGAAGACAAAGGGCAACAACCUCCUCCGCCUCAGAAAGAAGCUCUGCCGCCUUCACAUCCACAACAGCCUCCUUCAGGUGCUCCCUACCCCGAAGACGACUAUCUACCUCCGCCCGGACCUCUACCACAACCGCAACCCCAACAUCAAUAUGCACCGCCUCCAGCACCUCAACCCGCCCAUUCGCCUGGCCCGCUCAUCGAUCAUGCCGAACCUUCAGCACCACAGCAGCCGCCUCCCAUCUCAACCCACAUUCCUGCAUCGACAUCGCAAGAAUCAGCACCCGAAAGUCCCAAUACUAGAGACAGAAGGCAGAGAAGCGAGCACUACCAGAUCAAGCAUGUCAACUGGCUUGAUAAUGGGAAGCUCAGACAAGCGCCGGUAAUUACGCAGAAUCUCAACGGCCCUUGUCCGCUGCUCGCUUUAGUCAACGCGUUGGUAUUGUCGACACCCCCUGACCUCGAUACUGCCCUCAUUGAGGCGCUUCGAACGCGUGAGCAAGUCAGUCUUGGCUUGCUACUAGAUGCCGUCUUUGAUGAGCUGAUGUCGGGUCGACGAGGUGAGACUGCACACCAGCUGCCUGAUGUUAGUGAGCUGUAUUCUUUCCUACUUGCUCUGCACACCGGCAUGAAUGUGAAUCCCCGAUUCGUAACUCCUGUCCAGGCGCCUAGAGGGUCGUUUGAUGGUCAUCCUGCUGCUAUGAACAGCGUGCAUCCCAUCGAGCGAGCACAAAAUAAGCCAGGUUGCUUUGAAGAAACGAGGGAAAUGCGGCUGUAUUCUACUUUCAACAUACCCCUCAUCCAUGGCUGGACAGCACCAAGAGGCACUCCAGCAUACGACGCUUUUGAGCGAAGUGCACCGACGUUCGAAGAUGCGCAGAACAUUCAGUUCGCAGAAGCAGAACUCGAAGACAAGCUGAGGGCGGAAGGUCUAAGCUUCCAGGAACAGCAGACCUUGGAAGACAUCCAGACCAUCAAGUCUUUCUUACAGAAUUGGCCGACUCAGCUGACAGACCACGGUCUCGAGACCAUUUCCCAAAGCCUCCUACCUGGUCAAACAGCCAUCCUCUUCCGAAACGAUCAUUUCAGCACACUCUACAAGGAACCAAAGCAUGGAGCGCUGAUGACUUUGGUGACCGAUGCUGGGUACAGCUCACAUGCAGAAAUUGUAUGGGAAAGUCUUGUUGACGUGAAUGGUGCGGCAAGCGAAUACUUUAGUGGUGAUUUCCGCAGUGUCAGCCAUGGUCAGGAUUCAAGGCUGAACCAAGGAAACUCUGGCGGCGGAAACGAGGGAUGGCAGACGGUGCAAAGAAGGACCCAACGACAACAGACCUCAGAUGCAGAAGUGCCACCACCGCUGCCAGGUCCGCGGCCGCACUCACGUACCCCAAACGAAGACCUCGGAGCCUCGACGGCCGGGACAGGGCAAAGGACUGCUUCCGAGCAGGAAGACCACGACUUGGCCCUAGCGCUGCAACUGCAAGAGGAGGAAGAAGACCAGCAACGUCAACUCGACGCCCGGAGACGUCGAGAACAGGAAUUGUCUGAACAAUUUCUCUCAACAGAAAGUAAUGGCGAACAGCGACCUGCAAUCCCGCCAAGACGAAACCAACAUCGCUCUCCACGUGGAAGCAGUACCAACAUCCCUGUCAGUCAACGUCCAAGCGGUCCCGCUGGCAGACCUCCCGUACACCGUCCAGGCCAGUCCUCCGAUCCCGAUGCCCCGCCCUCAUAUGAACAGAGCGCGAGUGAUCGACCUUAUAGACCUGCUGGAGCUACUGCGCCACCGACUCAAGGCAAUCCCCUCAACACGCUCGAUCAUUUAAGACGCACUAGUGCUCACGCACAGCAGAGUUCGACCUCUGUCAACUCUACAUCUGGUCAUGGAAGGCGACAAAGUCAGAACAAUCGUGUACCUAGAAGGCAAAGCGGUAUGGGGUCUAAUGGCGUGCCUAAUGGUCCUGCGCCACCUUAUGGGAGAGUACAGGGUGCGGCAAAUCUUAAGGAUACUGAGGAGAGAAGGAUGGGAUGUGGCAAGGCGAAAGAAUCGACAUGUAACGAUAUACAUGGCGUUAUGAGUGAUGGAUAA